AUGCCGCCUUGGCGCUGGCCCGCACUGUGUGAGGCUAUGGGUAAUCUGCAGUCCAGUCCAAGCAAAGAUGAACCACAGCGCGCCAAUCGAUUAUCCAAGCCGUUUUCCAAGCCACUAUCGAGGAAAUCCACCGUCUCAACGAGUUCAUCCAAGUCGUCUUACCACGAAUCAGAUGGUCCCGAGCUCAAUUCAGCAUUCAUCGGAUGGCAGAACCCUUGGGUUGGAUCGGGCCUUUCUUCAGAUGCCCGGAGCGUCCGCUCAAAGGCAAGGGAGAUUCCUCCAACAUUGUUUGAGACUGAAGUACGGCCACCACCUGGGAACCGCGAUGUGAAUCAUGGCGUUGCAUCCCCGGCGGUGGAGCAACACCUGGAGCCGCAUACGCCAGUUGUCAGUCCAGUGCCAACUAUUCACUCGGUUCGCCGGGCCUCUUACCAGCCGGGCACAUAUGGAUCCUCACCACAGCGAGUGAUGACGACGGAGCCACCGAGAAGGGCCAAUUCUAUGCAGACCAGCCUGACGAGGCAGAACAGCGUGAUCUACGAGGAUGGCUAUGAAGGCGCCGCAGCCUCCAAUACCUAUUUCAUGGUCGACAAUCAGCGGUUCUCAUUGACCCGACGACGCUCUCUGCUGACUCGACCCGGUAUCGCUACUCGGCGGUCGACCAGAUCCGGACGGCGCGCGCCGUCGCCCAUAGGUGAACCUCCCACGUCGAUCAACGAGUCACUCAACGAUCCGGUGGACGAUCUCGUCGAUUUCGGAACUCUGCAAUGGCCACUCGCCUCCCGCCCAGGAUCUGCUCACGGGGAGUCACUCUUGACGCGGCCUACGAGUCCUCCAGAUAGCCGCUAUACGCAGCUGGGGGCCUUGAAGCUCGGAUCUCUACGAGUCGUCAACGGCUCCGCGUCGCCGUGUCCGAGUGAUCGAACUCCCUUGGAAUCCCCGGGUCUAGGCCUAAGCCACAUCGACACAUCGACCAGUCGACUCAAAUCAACUUUGGAGAUCACUGCGGUCCCCAACCUCAAGAAAUCGGAUGAUCUACCGGACAGCCCAUUCUCCUUUGAAAAGUCCCCAACAAUCCCCUUCCCCGUGGCCUCGCGGUCUCUCUUUCCCAGCGAAGUCGAGGACGAAGGCAUUGCGCUCUACGACGACACUACCAGUCAGUCGGACAAGAAGACGGUCGACUCCGGCAUUGAUCGAAGCACCUCUCGCUCCCUCAACAAGUCUGACAGUGGCUAUAGCUCUGCAGCAUCUGUGGGCUCCCACCACCACAGUCGUACGCGCGCCUCCUUCGACUCCCAGGCUUCGGGUUCUUUCUCCACCGCGGAUAACCACGUUAGAGCCCUUCGGGGCGCGAACGAGGGGAUCCAGCAGCGCCUUGUCAGCCAGCAUGAUGCAACUCCCGGCAUGAGUAACUUUUCGCAGCUGCACCCCAAAGUUGACCGCUGGUACGAUUCGAUAGGUCCAGCCGCCCAACUGUCCCUUGCCGCCCCGCGCUCCCGCCGGUCAACGCUCUGUGCCCCUCGAUACACCGAGUACCAGACACAGAAGAUUGAGCACCCAUCGGCAGGGACCCCUGUAGUACCAGGGGCUAUUGCACCCCUGGAGCAGCUGAGCUUGUCGCCCCGGGGCUCCCUCCAUACGGACUGUCGUUCGCCCGAUGGGAUCGACGUCCCCACCGUCACCAACUCGGCAAUUGCGCUCGGGAUAGACUUACCACUCGGCGUGCUGCCGCUUGGCGGUGAUGGGGAGGGUCAGACCCCUGUGCAUCGAUCAGCUUCCGAGCGGUGUCUCGAGAUCAGAGCAAAGCACGAGACGAUGGCGCACCGUUCACGGUCCCGCAGUGGGCAGGGUCAUCGGAAUUGGAGCCAAACACCCGGUAUCGAGGCCCCGCCCCUGCCCACAGCCAAGUCUUGGGAUUUCCUCAAGGAUGAAAGCGAGCGAGCUCGUGAUCAUUCCAUCGACGAGGCUGCACGUGGUCGCCCCCGAAGUCGCAGUCAGGACCUGCGCCGUCGCAAACUCACCAAGCCCCCGCGUCACGAGCUUCACCCCUGA